CAGAUGUAAACAUUAACAGCAAAACACAGCAGUUGCAGAAGCUAGCACAUUUUACUAUUCAACCGACCCUAGCAUAGUCUGACACAUGCCCGUCGGUCCUGAUGGAUUUCGAGUGCCAAAUGCUAAUGAAGGUGACUCGAAAAAUAAAUUGGAAUGGCUGGUGGGGCCAGGGCAAGAUGAAUAUUGCCGUACUUUUGUAAUCAAUGAAGAAGACCACACACUAGGAAAUGCAUUGAAACACAUAAUUGUACAAAACCCAGCUGUCUCAUUCUGUGGAUAUACAGUGCCUCAUCCAAUGGAACGCAAAAUACAUGUUCGUAUACAAACAAAUAAAGUUCCAGCAGUCCAAGUACUUCGACAAGCACUAAAGGAGCUGAAGGAACAGAAUGAAUUUAUUAGACAAAUGAUUAAGGAUGAAGUUAAAAGAUAUCAGGAGGCUCAUCCAGAGGAAGAGAAUAUGGAAUGAUUAUGUCUGAUUAAGAAGUAAUGAUUAAGUUGUAUGUCAUUAAGUAGAGUUUAGGUACUCUUAAAUAAAAUGUCAUAAAAAA